CCUCAGUUUUAGUUGGAUACAUUUAAAGUAUCUAUAAAGUAGACCGUAAAAAGCAGAUGCGUUCGCGAUAGCAACUCAAAAUUCAUUCUACUUCCAGUUUUUGUAGUUGAAGAUAUAAUGGUAUAAAUUCAAUGGACAUGGGUGGAUGGUGUUAUCAUCAUAAUUAUAACCGAGUAUUUUGGUGUUGAAAGAAAAGAUUCAGUAAUAAUGUUGAGCAUGGAUCACACUAAUGAAGAAUGCUAAAUAUGGACGGACAAAUUUUGGGGUUUAGGUGCCGUUAAUCCUCCCUCAUUAUGUAUUUGUGUUUAUACUUAGUUGCAUUUGAAAGAAACAAUUUGAACAAAAUAAUAGAAAUGGGUUCUUACGGUGAAAAAAUUGCUCCCAGUGGAGCUGAACCAUUUCAGAACGAUAUGAAGGAAUCAGCCAUGGAUGCCCAUUCUCUGCUGAGAGGUGGCAGGCCAAGUUAUGAGAAUAAAAAGUAUUCAGAAGCCCAAAUGGAGGCUUUGACAGUUUUGUGUGAUACCUUGUUUCCUUCUCUGGAUAACCAUGCAGUUUCAAACAGUGAUGAGGAGGAUGCACUUAAAUCUUUUUAUGGCACCUCGGCUUCCCAAGCUGGAAUACCCCUACAUGUAGCAGGAUAUAUGUCUGAGCGCUUGGCACACGCUUCUUUGGGAAUGCUGAGCGUAGGAUUGUGGCUCCUUUCAACAUGGUACGGGACAUUCAUGUUGUGUGGGAGAUCAUCUCUAUCCUGCCAUUUUCCCUAUUUCCAAAGGUUUUCCCAGGUUGGACAGCAUAGAAGGGAGGAAAUUAUGCUUUCUUGGUCACACAGCUCCUUCUAUCUCUUUCGUCUACUAUUUAAGGCCAUCAAAUGCUUAUGCUGCCUUACAUUCUACACAAAGGUGGACGAGAAGAAUGAAAAUCCUUCGUGGAAAGCAAUGGGUUACUGUGGGCCAGAUCCUGAGCUUCUAUCCCAAAGAAGAAAGGAAGCCACGAGAGGCCCAUUGCAUGACAAGGUCAUUGACUUGCAAGAUGUUGCAGAAACUGACAUAGCCAACACUCUGCACAAAGCUGGUUGUGAGGUUAUAGAAGGGAUGAGUCCCGGAAAAGGUAAGAAGAAAGAGAAAGCAAUUACUAUAAAAUGCGAUGUAGUAGUCGUUGGGUCGGGCAGCGGAGGAGGAGUGGUCGCAGGGGUGCUUGCAAAGGCCGGACACAAAGUGAUAGUGGUGGAAAAAGGCAAAUACUUUGCAAGGAAUGAUCUGUCCUUACUGGAAGGGCCGUCGUUGGAUCAGAUGUAUGAGGGAGGCGGGCUGUUGGCCACGGACGAUCUCGGGGUAGUUCUUCUGGCGGGCUCAACAGUGGGCGGAGGAUCCUCCAUAAAUUGGUCCGCCUCAAUCAACACACCUACUCAUGUAAUUUCCGAGUGGAGUGACGAACUCAGUCUCCCUCUUUUUUCCUCGCAGCAGUACUCUGAAGCCAUGAGCGCCGUUUGCGAGAGAAUGGGCGUGAAGGAUGAAGUGUGCAGUGAAGGGCUGGGCAACGAGAUGCUGAGAAAGGGGUGCGCGCACCUCAACUACGACGUGCUCAACGUUCCGCGCAACGGUGAUCCGGAGCACCGGUGCGGGUGGUGCGGAUUCGGCUGCAAAGACGGAACGAAACAGGGCACGCAGGAGACGUGGCUCGUCGAUGCUGUCAAUCACGGGGCUGUUAUUCUGUCAUCAUGCAAAGCCGAGCGAAUCAUCAUCACAAAGGCAGCGGCCGCAGGAAUAGUGAUCCAGGCAGGAAACCGGGGAUUCCAUAUGGAGGUGCAGUCGAGAGCCACUGUAGUUUCCUGCGGAGCUCUGUGCAGCCCUGUUCUGCUUAAAAAGAGCGGCCUGAAAAAUCCCAACAUUGGACGCAACCUCCACCUCCAUCCCUGCCAUAUGGCGUGGGGUUUUUUCCCCGAUGGCUGUGUAAAGAGCUACGAGGGCCCCAUUAUUACUGCAAUGCAUCCAGUGGGCAACCCAUCCGGGUACGGAGGCAUCAUCGAGACCCCUUCGCAUCAUCCGGGCAUGUUUUCAGUCCUGAUGCCAUGGAUUUCCGCUCUCGACAUGAGAGAACGAAUGUUGAGAUACUCCAGAACUUGUCAUCUUUUCGCCUUGGCUAGAGACACGGGGUCCGGCACAGUCAAUCCGCAGGGCCACUUAACAUACAGCCUGAGCUCCCAUGAUGAAAAGAAUCUGAACAAAGGAAUCGAAAAGGUUCUCAGGAUUCUCGUCGCUGCGGGUGCCCAGGAAAUCGGGACUCAUCAUUGCAAGGGCGAGCGUUUGAAGAUCCCCGGUUCGAGUGCAGAGGAGAUUGAGAGGUUUAUUAAGAAUGUGAGCUGGAGGCGAUUAAAGGACUUGUCGACCCCUCUGAGCUCUGCGCACCAGAUGGGCAGUUGCAGAAUGGGAGCGGAUGAACGCGUUUCGGCGGUGGACUGGAAAGGUGAGUCGUGGGAAGUAAAGGGAUUGUUUGUAGCGGACGCAAGCGUGCUGCCCACUGCUCUCGGCGUUAAUCCCAUGCUCACUGUUCAGUCUAUUGCUUACUGCAUUGCCAACUUUGUUCACCAAUCUCUCAAAAACGAGCCACAUAAAAAUUAGCACAAUCAGUCUACGCCAAUUCAGUUCUGAGUAUUCACAAGUUCGAAGUCCAAUUUCAAUGAUAUUUCAGUCAUUGAUGCUUGUUUGUGACGGCAUAAUUGGUACCUCUUGCCUUAGUUGAUGAACUUUGCCGGUUAAAAUUCACUGUAUUGCAUUGUGUUUUUCAGUUUCACCCGUAGCAAUCUACUUUGAUCCACCCUAGGUUAUUAUACUUGAAAAAGCUGUCGCCGGAAUUUAAGGUCCCACGCUGGGAAAUAUUUUCUGGCAGACAAUACUUCCGGCCAAACAAAAUUCACGUUUCCACUAACGUUAUCGGCUAAAUUCUUUGCAUUCUGUAGUAUAGAUUCAAUGCAUUCUCCUUACCAAACAUCUCUCGCGCAUACCCUGCAAUCAUCGCAUUCCAGGCAACCACAUUUCGUUGAGACAUUUUGUUAAACAGUUUCCUUGCAUAAUCCAUAUGGCCAGAAUUAGCAUACCCAGAAAGAACACUGGUCCGGGUAGAGAAAUCUCGUACGGGUAUGUUUUCAAAAACUUGGCGUGCAUCAUCCAUUCUUCCAAAUUUGACAUGCAUGUCAAUUAAACAGUUUACUAGAUAGACAUACGGUUCAAAUGUCACUUUGAUCGAUUGACCAUGGACAGUCAUUCCUUCUCUCAGGCAUCUUCUUAUAACACACUCCAGCAGUAGACGAGAAUAAGUAUCGGCACACACCUGAGUAAUCCUAAGGUAUCCUCGUGGAGGCAUUUUGUCAAACAUUUGGUAGGCAGUCUCAAAUGAUCCAGAAUUACUUGGUUGUUUGCCAGUUUAUCUUUAAAUAUGCCUUGGAGAGCAGCGAAUCCAAAACUCCGGAGACUGAUUUUCUGGUAGCCAUUUCUCAUUCGAACCCAAAGCAUGCUUCUUUGCAUGGCUUACUGAAAAUUUAACACUUGGCUGAUCUUCAUAGUUGUCAAUGUACUCUCAUGUUGUAAUAAGUGCUACUCUUUUGUGUGAUAUUCACUAGUGAAGAACCCCAAUCGAAUUGGGUAGGUUUUUGUUUUUCUGUAAGAAUGGCGUUUAAAAAUUACUUCCUCAAAUGGAAAUGGGAUAGAGAUUUUCGGGA